CUUGAUAUCUGCUUGAAUUUUCUGACUGCUCACCUGGAGAAGUUUUGUACAGAAAGGCAAGAUGGAACACUAUGUUUGCAGGAGCCUGGAAUAUUUCCACAAGAAGUAGCUGAUCGACUGCUGCAGACUAUGGCAUUUCAUGGGCUUCUAAACGAUGGAACUGUGGGCAUCUUCCGAGGCAACCAGAUGCGAUUGAAACGAGCUUGUAUCCGCAAAGCAAAAAUCUCUGCAGUGGCUUUCCGGAAAGCAUUUUGCCAUCACAAACUGGUAGAACUUGAUGCUACAGGGGUGAAUGCAGAUAUUACAAUCACAGACAUCAUAAGUGGACUUGGCAGCAAUAAAUGGAUCCAACAAAACCUUCAAUGUCUUGUGCUGAACUCAUUAACUCUUUCCUUGGAGGACCCAUACGAAAGGUGUUUCAAUCAGUUGUCUGGUCUUCGUGCUUUGAGCAUUACCAAUGUUCUGUUCUACAAUGAAGAUUUAGCAGAUGUUGCAUCACUUCCAAGAUUAGAAAGUCUAGAUAUAUCCAAUACCUCUGUCACGGACAUAACUGCGCUCCUCACCUGCAAGGAUCAACUUAAGUCUUUGACAAUGCACCACCUGAAAUGCUUGAAAAUGACAACAACACAAAUUUUGGAUGUCCUAAGAGAACUAAAAUAUCUGAAUCAUCUUGAUAUUUCAGAUGAUAAACAAUUCACAUCAGAUAUAGCACUUCGUUUACUGGAACAGAAAGAUAUCUUACCUAACCUUUUGUCUUUGGACAUUUCUGGAAGAAAGCAUGUUACAGAUGAAGCUGUAGAAGCAUUUAUUCAACAACGACCAACAAUGCAGUUUGUGGGACUACUUGCUACUGAUGCUGGUUACUCAGAGUUCCUUACAGGAGAAGGAAACUUAAAGGUGUCCGGAGAAGCAAAUGAAACUCAAAUUUCUGAAGCACUGAAGCGGUACAGUGAGCGGGCAUUCUUUGUGAGGGAAGCACUCUUUCAUCUAUUUAGCCUUACACACAUUAUGGAAAAAACAAAACCUGAAAUUUUAAAGCUUGUGGUUAUUGGAAUGCGAAAUCACCCUCUGAACUUGCCAGUGCAGUUAGCAGCAAGCGCAUGUGUGUUUAACUUAACCAAGCAAGAUUUAGCAGCAGGCAUGCCUGUUAGACUACUGGCUGAUGUCACUCACUUACUUCUUAAGGCGAUGGAACAUUUUCCCAACCAUCAACAGCUUCAGAAGAAUUGUCUUCUUUCACUAUGCAGUGACAGGAUCCUUCAGGAUGUUCCAUUUAACAGAUUUGAAGCAGCCAAGCUUGUUAUGCAAUGGCUGUGUAACCAUGAAGAUCAAAAUAUGCAGAGGAUGGCAGUGGCUAUAAUCUCCAUUCUAGCUGCAAAGCUUUCAACUGAGCAAACAGCUCAACUUGGUGCAGAACUCUUCAUAGUUAGGCAACUUCUACAAAUAGUUAAGCAGAAAACAAAUCAGAAUCUAGUGGAUACUACACUCAAGUUUACACUUAGUGCACUUUGGAAUCUCACUGAUGAAUCUCCAACCACGUGUAGGCACUUUAUUGAAAAUCAAGGGCUAGAACUCUUCAUGAGAGUGUUAGAGAACAACAUAGCGGAGGUGAAAGAGCUACAUUCUGAGUUAAUGUGGAAAGACUUCAUAGACCACAUCAGUAAACUGUUGCACAGUGUUGAGGUAGAAGUCAGUUACUUUGCAGCUGGGAUUAUUGCUCACUUGAUAUCUCGAGGAGAGCAGGCCUGGACAUUGAGUCGCACUCAGAGGACAUCUCUUCUUGAACAACUGCACUCAGCCAUUUUGAAUUGGCCAACUCCAGAAUGUGAGAUGGUUGCCUACAGGUCUUUCAACCCGUUUUUCCCCCUUCUUGGCUGCUUCAUGACGCCUGGAGUUCAGCUGUGGGCAGUGUGGGCCAUGCAGCAUGUCUGCAGCAAAAACCCUGCCAGAUAUUGCAGCAUGUUAAUUGAAGAAGGCGGAUUGCAGCACUUGUACAACAUCAAGGAAAAUGGCCAAACUGAUCCAGAUGUUCAGAGAAUUGCAAUUGCCAUUUUAGAUAGCUUAGAAAAACAUAUUGUACGUCAUGGGAGACCACCUCCGUGUAAAAAACAACCACAAGCCAAAUCAAACUGAAAAAUAAGUGUGUAAACUAUCCUCUCUGUAAUAAUCCUUUAUCACAUGUGUAGUUGGAGUUACUUGUACUACAGUGGUCUCCAGUGAAGUUAUUUGCUAACAACUGUAUCGGAUACCACUUGUGGGAAUUCUUGGGCAAAUGUCUACUUUAAUGUCAAUUUCGGGGAUCUAUGAUCACUGCUUGAUCUAAGUCAUACCUAUAGGAUUACUGAUGACUACAGCAAGAUGGGACUUGAAUAGUUUGGAAGGCUCAUCCAAAACCAAACCUCUAGGAAUAUUUUGUUUUGUGACUUGAUUUGUGGGACAGAAAGCUGGUUUCAUCCUUGUUGUUGCUGAAUGUAGAACUGUUUACCAACUCAAUGUUUGGAUCGAACUGUCUGCAAGAGUGGUGAAUCUCACAAUCACAGCUUUACACACAUAUUCAUGCAUGCACACAUUAAAAAUACCACUUGUAACUAAAGUAACUAGACUGUCCCAUUAUUUAUGGGCUUUCCAUUAGCACACUUUUUUAAAAAAAAACCCUCCUUGUCUUGGGAUCUGACAGCUUUGUUCUUUCUCUCUCCAGCACUAGGUGUCGCCUUUUCCAGCUGUUGGCUUACCUUCAGCAAGGUUAGGAUCAGCAGUACUUUUGGUGCAAACAGGAAACACUGAAUUGGCUGCUGUGGAGGAAAACAGUAGAGAUACAGGUGGGAGUGGGGGACAGGGAAAAGCUUGAAAUAUGAAGAGGAUAAACUGAGUUUGAGUUUCAAAACUUAAUUUUAAGGGAGUGUAGGAAAAGUGGCAGGAGAAGGAGGGAGCUCUCCAUCAGAGCUCAAAGUGUUAGUUGAAGUAGGUUAGCCCUUCUCAUCACAUGGAGCUGCACAUCCUGAUGGAAGAACCGGGAUAUUUGAUCAUCUUAUAACAGAUUGAUUUAUUUGCCAUUUCUUGUACAUAUUUUGUCAGUAUUGUGCAGUGACUUGUAUUUCCAAUGCAUUACAGUAAAAAAUAUCAUGCAAAUUAUAUAUAAGGUCCUUUGUAAAUUGCAUUAUUGUGCGGAGUGUGAAAUUUUGCAUGAAGUUGUCAGUGGUAAAAACGUUUUUCUUCCUGUGCUACUUAUGAGUUCAAAAGCUGUGUUGGAUGAAAUGGAGAUUCCACAGCAUACUGCUGCUUGAUUAAAUACAAGUGAUGGAAGCAAGCUA